AUGGGUGUUGAUCAUACUCACAAGCAGCAUCAAAAGUCCGGUAACAGAACCGCUCCAAAGUCUGAAAAUGUUUACUUGAAGCUUUUGGUUCAAUUGUACUCCUUCCUAUCUCGUCGUACCGAUGCUCCAUUCAACAAGGUUAUCUUGAAAUCUUUGUUUUUGUCUAAGGUCAACAAGCCACCUGUUUCUGUCUCAAGAAUCGCUAGAUCUUUGAAGCAAAAGGGUGCUGCUAACAAGACUGUUGUCGUUGUUGGUACCGUUACCGACGACACCAGAUUGUUUGAAUUCCCAAAGACCACUGUCGCCGCUUUGAAAUUCACUGCCGGUGCUAGAGCUAAGAUCCUGAAGGCUGGUGGUGAAGCCAUCACUUUGGAUCAAUUGGCUGUCAGAGCUCCAAGAGGUCAAAACACUUUGGUCCUAAGAGGUCCAAGAUCUCACAGAGAAGCUGUUAGACACUUCGGUUUCGGUCCUCACACUAACAAGGCUCCAAGAAUUUUGUCCAAGGGUACUAAGUUCGAAAGAGCUAGAGGUAGAAGAAGAUCUAAGGGUUUCAAGGUGUAA